CGAACUCAGUUCUGCUAAGGGUCCGUGUUGUACGCUGGUUACUUCAGUCGAGCUGGGAUGAGUCGUGGACGAGCACGGAGGUGACGGUGAUGUCUCUUAACUCGAGCGGAACUCGUUCCGCACUUCAGUUACUGCAGACUUUAGUGGGAGUGAAGAUUUGGCACAGCAUAUUAGAUAUAAUCAAAUGGUCAUAGGGGAGCCGAAGAUGUCACAUCUACCCACUGACCAGAAGCUUUUCUUCAAGCAACUUGAAAAUCACAGCCACCAGAAGAGAAAUUCCAAAGCCACCACAGAAGUGCUGACUAGGGUAUCAUAUCCUAGUUCAUCUCAGGACCCCGCUUGGCGUUCGCUUGGCCUCUCUGGGAUCAGCAAUGGCUCCACUGAGUACACCGAGUGGCUUCCAACAAAGCCUACCAGCAGUAAGGAUGAGAUGGCUAGGGGUAGCGGCAUCAUUCCAGGUUUCCUUGUAAAUACUCCUGUAACAGAAACUGUGUUUAUACAGCGUGCUCGAGUCAGGAAUGACAAGCUGCGUUGGGGCACAACCCUGGUCAUCCUUGUUGAAUUCUCAAAGGCUUUUCUUAACUUCAAAAUAAACGGGCAUUGUAUGGCACAGAUAUAAACGGACGAAAAGUAGAUCACCUCUCGGGGCUUAGGCAUAGGAUUUUCUAAAAGGUUGGUCACGAGGAUGGAGGUCUGUCCUGUGGAGUGCUCACAUCUUAGAAUGACACUUCCUUCUGGUAGCCUCUGAACUUGCAGGUGGUGGACCGAGAAGGUGGAGUCAGCUACCCUCACUGAGCGUGUUCCCGCCACUGUGAAGGGAAGGGACGAGCAGAUUGGCACCAGCGCCCCCUUUCGUGCCGGAGUGGAAUUACAUACCUUCAGUGAGCCUGAAUGGUGAACAUCUGAAACAUGUGUGACAACUCUGUGAGAAUGGUAUAAGUGUACACUGGCAUAGGUGUCAUCUAUCCUUCAAGAUAUUUACGCCAGCUGUUUUCUAAAAUUGUGUUUUGUGUUGCACACUUUUUGAAGGUCAUGCCUGAAUGUUAUGCCUGUUACCUUUACAGAUCACACAACAAAAGUGUCAGGUGCUGAGGCUUGAUUUGUAGCACUGGCUUUACUGUAUCAUCAUCUGUAGUACGCCCCAGUCCCCAAGCAUGAAAGUAACGUUGUGUCCCCUCAUUGUAAUGUUUAAUAGAAAUGUAAGAAUAUACUGCUGAACAAGUAUGUACAGUUGUGGCCAAAAGUUUUGAGAAUGACACAAGUAUUGGUUUUCACAAAGUUUGUUGCUUCAGUGUUUUUAGAUCUUUUUGUCAGAUGUUUCUAUGGUGUACUGAAGUAUAAUUACAAGCAUUCCAUAAGUUUCAAAGGCUUUUAUUGACAAUUACAUUAAGUUUAUGCAAAGAGUCAAUAUUUUUAGUGUUGGCCCUUCUCACCCUGGCAUGCUGUCAAUCGACUUCUGGGCCAAAUCCUGACUGAUGGCAGCCCAUUCUUACAUAAUCAAUGCUUGGAGUUUGUCAGAAUUUGUGCUGUUUUGUUUGUCCACCCGCCUCCUGAGGAUUGACCACAAGUUCUCAAUGGGAUUAAGGUCUGAGGAGUUUCAUGACUAUGUGACCCAAAAUUUCGAUGUUUUGUUCCCCAAGCCACUUAGUUAUCACUUUUGCCUUAUGGCAUGGUGCUCCAUCAUGCUGGAAAAAUGGAUGGUCAUCCUGUCAAAAUGUUCCUUCCUUGCGCUCGAUGUCAGCUGAGGCAGGUUUCUUCUGCCCUGUGACCCUGCUCUGGUUAAAAGGAUUAAGAAAAUGGAUGGAUAGAUGUAAGAUUGUGACUUCAUACAUAAUGUUUUGUUAGAUUAUAUAUUUUUAUUAUAUACCCCCCAAAAGAAAAAAUUUAAAUCUGAAGCAAGUAAAUGUAGAAUAGAAAUAAAAUUUUUCUAUUCAUGGCAGAAUUCUGUGGAGAAAACUUUUGGGUAAUAUUGUG